AUGAGGCUCUUCCAGCUCGUCCUUGGGUUGCUGCUCCUGUGCCUGGUGCCUGCUCCAGGCAACGGAGGGAUCAUAAGCACGGUGCAGAAGUAUUUCUGCACGGUCCGCAGCGGCCGCUGUGCCCUGGUGAGCUGUCUCCCGCGGGAGGACCACAUCGGCAGCUGCUCCCCCGGCGGCCGGAAGUGCUGCCGGCGGAGGAAGGGCAAGAUCCCCAAGCCCGGCGGGAACGUGGCCAAGAAGACGCAUGCCUAG